CACAACCCUAUCUUCUCCUCUUCUAUCCUAUUUUCAGAAAGCAACAAGUUUUCACCAACUAUAGACAAAGAGUAGAUACUCCAUUUCUAUGCUACUGUCUUCUCAAUCACGUGAACAUACAGUUCUCCCCAACGUUUUAUUUCUUUGACCAAUUUCAAAACCUAAAAAUCAAAUUUCUGCUCAAGAAACCCUAAUUUCUACCUAUAAAUACUUGGUUAAACUUUAUCCUCAAGAAGCUUUGGAAGCCGCUGCCUUUGCACCCUUAAAAUUAUUGUUCAUUCUUUUUUCUUGCUUACUCUUGCAAACACCUUCUGCCUUAUGGUUUUUUUAUCCCUGUUGUUCUCAACGGGGCAAAACUUCUCUUUGUUUUUUGUCUGUCUUUGGGUCUUGAAAGAGGUUGUGACCUCUAGAUAGUAGAUUCGAGAAGUCGAAGUUGACGCCUUAGUUAACUGCCCUACAAAAGGUUUCGAGCUCGGACCCGUGUGAUCUUCUUCUCUUUCUCCUAAUAGUCGAGGCUCGUGAAGGAUUUGAGAGGAGAAAAUGGAGUCUUUAUAAAAGACUCAUGAUGCCACGAGAAGUCUCCUUGUGAGACUCGAUAUUGUCGCUAUAUUUGGAAUCCGCGUCUAUCUCCUCAUUCAGUUCACCCCCUCUUGAAAAGCAUCCGAGUUGAAGCAAUAAAAAAAUAAGGGAGAAGAAGGAUCGACCUGAUCAUUGUUAGCUCGCUUUAAGGAAAUGGAGGAUUUCAUAGCUAUCGCAGAUCCCCGCAACCAACCCCUGCCCGUUCCCCUUCCCCUGAUAUGGAGAGAAGCACGGAGCUGCCUUCUCAUCUCAACCAGGAAAUUGCUGCCAAUGAAAAAGAUUCUGAAUGCACCAUUCGGGAGCAAGACCGCUUCAUGCCAAUAGCCAAUGUGGUCAGAAACAUGCGCAAGAUCCUUCCUCCCCAAGCCAAGAUAGCUGAUGAAUCCAAACUGGUUAUCCAAGAAUGUGUCUCUGAGUUCAUAAGCUUUGUAACAGGCGAAGCUAACGAUCGUUGCAAGCUUGAGCAGCGCAAGACAAUCACUGCUGAAGACUUGCUUUGGGCCAUGAACGCACUUGGUUUUGAUGACUACGUUGAACCCUUGACUUUGUACUUGCAGCGUUAUCGUGAGUUGGAUGGUGGUGAGCGUGGAUCCGUGAGAGGAGAUCCUUUGCCGUUGAAGCGCCCAAUGGUUAAUCCAGCUUCAGGCUACAGCCUCAUGCCCAAUCACCUGCCUCCUAAUUUUCCAAUGGUUCAUCACCAUGGUUAUUUUGUGUAUCCACCACCAAUGGGCAACAUUUAUAGGCAGGGGGAUGCAUCAAGUGGAAGCAGUUCUCAUGAGUGUGCAGUGGCUGCUGUGGAUAGUGACGUUGAGUCUCCUGCGGAAAAGAGUAAGGAGUGAUUAGUUUCUGAUCUGCCGAAGGAAUUGAGCUUUAGCUGAAACUUCAAGAUUAGUGAAAAAAGUAGACUAUCUUUCUCUGUUACCUAAUUUGCGACCUAUUGACAAUCAACUAUAGCUCUUUGCGAAGUUUAGGAAUGUUCCUUCGAUUUAAGUGAGCCAAAUGGUGGCCCUUUUAAUUGGCUGUUUGUACACUUUGCUUCCUGUAUAUUUUUAGUAUUCAG